AUGGCUGACCAUAAGCUGGUCGGGUGGAUAUCUCCCGACAACCAUCGUAGCACGUCCGAAAUCAUCUGGAGCUGUCUUGCAAUUUUCCUGGUCUGCACCUGGAAAUGCAUGCAUCUCAACAUUCCCAGCGUGAAGGAGCGUGGUACAACGGAAUGGGUCAAACUACUUGGGAUCCCUCUCCCAAAGCCGUCCCCAGAGCUGCGACGGAGGUGGCUGAAGAGAGUGGGGUGGAUGUUUGUUUUGGCCAUAGCACCGGAAUUAGGGGUCAUGAUUUCUGUAAAUCAGAAGCACGUGGCGGAAGAGCUCUACGAUAGGCAUAAACACAUGGACUGGUCGGUAGUUCAUGCCCACUAUGCGAACAUGGGUGGGUUUUCCAUAGCGAUUCCGGAAGAGGAGGGUGAGAUUAAAGCAGAAGGCACCUCUGUUGCAACCAAUGCCGCAGAAUCAGAAACAGCAGCAGCAGAAGCUGAGCAUAUGAUGGCGUCGCGAGAGAUUAACGCUGAAAGCCAUGUUGAGGAUGCUGUUGACAAGAGAGAGCCUUCAGUGGAGGAGCGGUUGAUUGGACUGGACAAUGUGGAGAAGGAGACGCGAUUCCGAAUCAGCCGGUUGCAGGCAAGCGAUCUCGCGCGUCUCGAUGAACUUGGUUUAUUUCCUGCCACUAAAGCGUCCCACGGCAAGAACAGGGCUCUCCCCAUGACCACCAUCGAUGAUAUCCAGGACCGGUCCAAAUCGGACGCCUUCACAAAGUUCUUCGCACUCGUCCAAUGUGCCUGGUUAGUGAUCCAAAGUAUUGCGCGUGCUUGUGCGGGUCUCCCAUUAACUGAACUUGAAUUGACCACCCUCGCCUUUAUCUUCUGUGCUUUCAUCAUGUACUGGUUUUGGUGGGAUAAACCGUUUGAUAUUCAGACACAAACCAUCCUCCUCUGUCCGCCGGAAAAGGCAGAACAGAUGCGAGAUUUUAUCAAAAGAAAGGACCGAUUUCUAGGAAGCGAUAGAGAGCCACGCUUCCAUCAACUCAAUACUUUGGCGAUUGACGGGUUCUUGGAUAUGUUUAGCAGAUCGGUUAACCACCCCCCCUUGACUCAGAAACUGUCCCCAGCAGUCCACGUGUUCGACUGGCUUGGCUACGGGCUCUCUGAACGCCCCUGGGAUCCAUCGGUUGACACCUCGAUUUCGGGCCAGGUACCGAUCCUGGAGGGUCUACUGGCGCACUGGGGUCUGGAAUCAACCCAUCUAGUGGCUCACGACAUUGGCGGGGGGAUCGCACAGCGCUUUGCCAUUUUCUCGCCGCAGAGGAUUCGUUCCCUUACGCUUGUUGAUGUGGUCAGUUUUGACAGUUAUCCGUCUGCGAGAACGAAGAAGCAGAUGGAGGACGGGCUGGAGGCCCUGAUUCGGGCGCCUGAUGCGGAACAUCGCGAGCAUUACCGGGAUUGGUUGCUGUCUGCUGUGCAGAAAUGCGAGCAGUUCGAGAGUUCGAGUCUCGAAACCUUUCUGGGAUAUAUAUCUGGCCCCGUCGGGCAGGCGAGUCUUUACCAGCAUCAGGUUCGGUUUUAUGAUCCCAAGCACACGCUGGAAAUUGCCGAUCGGUUGGGCGAGCUGGGGAAAUUGCCUGUCAAGCUGAUCUGGGGUGCGAAUGACGGGUGGCAGGUUCCUGAUUGGGCGCAUAAAUUGCAUGAAUCUAUUCCUGGCUCACAGGUGGAAAUUAUCGAGGAUAGUGGGCACUUUUCUCAGGAGGAUCAGCCAGAAACGCUCGCGCAGUUACUGGUCACGUUUCUGAAGCAGCAUUGA